AUGGCUAGCCACGAAGCGUGGCUGGGUCCUUUCGUUGCCGAUGGCCUAGCCGAGUACCUGCGCUUCCUUCAGACUGGUCAGCCUAUGGUUGAAGGUAGUUUCCUCGGGGACUGGUGGACAGGGUUGCUAAUUGGAAUGCAGACUCCCCAGACGACCCCAGUCCAAGUGACUGACGGGAAACACUGUCUGCCAGCAGUGUUCAGGAAGGCUACCCAAGAAGGCCUUGAGCGUUCUGGAGUCAAGCCAGCCCACCUCACCCGCUCGAAGGUCAACCUUCAAGUCACCGACCCGACCCUGAUCAUUGAUUGUAACUAUGACACCCCACAACUGCGCUUGAGCAUUUCAACGUGCGAAGCCGUGGAAAAUGAAUGCGCCAAAGCAAUUGAUCAAUUCGACAGCCUGCCACUGGAAACAUUGCCGGACGUACAACAGAAGAUGCUGGAAUUGACACAAUGGUGCGCACGGAAUCGCAAAAAUAAUCCACCCAAAGGCAGUCCUAGUGGAUCGAUCCGAUCGCAGGCUCCUCUCAGUCCAGGUAAUGCUUCCGACGCUGAUGACGAUGUCUCCCAGUUGCCAUUCUUAACUCAGAUUAACGAUGUCACUUGGGAUCAGCAGCCUCAGAGGUUGUCCCCCUCAGCGAUUCAUAAAGAGACUGUCACUACGGGGUUGAUGCACAAUGAACGCACAAAUGGUGCAACGCAGACUACCAUCAAAGAUACUAGGCUCCACCAAGGCGAUGCAGCCACUGGCCAGGACGAGGAAGAUCUCACGACAAACUUUGUAACACAGCCUGUCGUCCAUGGUCUCACCAUCAAUUCGCAGCCGGCGGAAAACCACAUCGCUCCAGCCGAUGGCGACCUUAGCACCAAAGCCUUGGAUGGGAAGCAAGGCGUACAUGGUCGAGAGAGUGCGCAGGAUGAACUUGGACCGAGUUACCUUGAAGCCGCAAAAGAACGAGAACAGAUAAUUGGUGCGGCCCAGCAGCCAGACCCUAUGCUCGCGCCCGAGUCAAAAGAGAGGCCCUCGCAACUGCCAACGUCACUAGUGCGUCAUUUCAGACGGUGGAGAGAAGAGGCCCGGUCGGGUCGCUACAUCCCUAGAUAUCUGCAGAAAAUCCCCAAGGACCAAGAAGCCUUACUCGAGUCUGAUGACAGCUGGCAACCACCUCUUGUGGGACGUACCGUCAUUCCAGGCCAAAUUCCUAUACAUCUUAAUGAACAACUCAUGAUUCUCACAGACCAAAAGGAUUCACAAGUUGAAAAGCAAUUACCUAUCAAUGAGCCUAUUUCGGCUUGUCAGAAGUCCAUAACCCCAGACAACCACCACAAAAAGACACUCCAAGAGCGUAGGCUCGUCAAUGCUGCAAGUGAUUCUGAGGAAUCAGAUGUGUCUGCUGCAUCAUGGUCACCGAGCCCACCAACACAAGAUCGCCGUCGCCAAGUACUACCUGCAGACAGUCCUUUGCCGAGUGCACGAAAAAGGAGAAAUUUCAAUGUGAAGUCGGCAGAUAUAGACAUCGAGGCGCCUCCACGGACACGGUCCGUUUCAUCGACCCACGGUAACGACAAUCAGCCGCUCCUUUCCCAGUCAACAUCUCAGAUCAGCCGGCUUCCGGUUAUCCCACACAGCGACCUAGUCACCAAUCGUGCUGUUUCAGAGGUGGACCAAGGAGUACGCCGCGUGCCUAUCCAAUCUCUAGGUGAACCAACUACUUCCAAACCUAUAGCUCCAGAUACAUUAGAGGGUAUAAGUCCGGCUGCCAUCAGUGGAUCUUUCGCAGGCCCGAAAAAAGCAACAAGUCCAUCGAAGAGAAAUAUCCAGGUCGAGAGGACUCCCUACAUUUUGAAGCGUCCUCUACCUCACCUUGUGAAGACUGCCUUCAACGGUACGGAUAUUACCGAUGAAUCUGGCCUAGCAUCAUCUGGCUGUGUUCCUUGCUCGUACGAUGAACGCAAUUGUGCAUUACUGCCUGCAGUGCAAGCUAGCUCAGAUGUACCUUCCAUUGAAAGUUGCACAGUUCCUCAAACCGACACGUUACAGCCCAAUCACGCUAGCUCUGGUGAUCCUGCAAGUGGGCAUAGACAUUUGAUCCCUAAUGAGAAUGUUCAGCAAUUGAAGAGUGCGCCACAGACCAACGAGAACAAGGAUGACAAAGGUCCGCGUGUGAAUGCGGCUGAAGACGAAAUAGGCAUAUUGUCUCGGAGUGUUGACUCAGCACGACUAGACAGCACUUCGGACCGGUCUCGACGCGCAGACUCUAGCCCAUCUCGAAAUGACCAUAGGGUCGAAGCAAAAAGUCAAACCGCGGGGUCUGGUUCCGAGACUGCUCAAGGUGACCCAGCAGUACAGGUGAUUUUGGAUGCGUUGACCUCACACGACCAGUCAAUUGAGGUUAUCGGCGAUGCGGAUAAUACCAGGACAGGCCCAACGAAGUAUACCGCACCGGUUGCAGCAAACAGUUCUGAUCCUGCAUAUGUGGCUGAGCUUGGACAUCAUUGCCGAACGGCACUGAAAUCUAUAAGCAAGCAGCCUUCGCUAUCGAGGAAGUCUACUUCGUCCGCGAAGGACGCCACAAGCAGCGUCGGAAAGCUUCCUAGUGCUCCAACAGGGGAUGGGAGCCCGAGCUUACGUACAUCGGCUCCAUCUCCACGACAAUUGUCUACUCCAGUUACUCAUUCAUCAGCAUAUGGUAACGUUGAGGAUCCUUUCAAGUUGCAGUCGAACGAUUCUCCAUCUCAGGUGCCGACUACUCUGGUCAUCCAUCUUCACCUUGUCUUUAGGAGAUAUCAAAAUGCUUAUACGGAUUACCGUGGGGACUUCACGGCAUUUGAGAACGCAUGCCGUUUGCUCAGUAAGUUCUGGGUGAUGGGAAAAGGAUUGCAUUCCUACCUCUACGAUGAUGCGAUAUAUCAUCACCACCAUGGAUUUCGGCGGUAUCUUCUGGACGAAGCGGCCGAGGAAGAGACCCGGAUCAUGACGUUUGAUGAGUAUUAUCUCCAACGGGUUGACGAGCCCACUCAUACCAAACGUAUCGUGACCAAGGCAAUGAUUGAGACAUUGAUCAGACCUCGACGACUGGACGCCUAUGGUCAAGGGAAAUCGCCACGACGCACCUCUGAUGCUGCAACAUCCCCAUUCCCCAAUGCAACAGAGACCGUGUCGGUCCUGCCGCAACCUAUCAUCCUCCCUGAAGCACCUAUACUAGACGCACACGACCGGCACUACGUAUCGCAAUCAGGUAGCGCCGUUGCACAAUGGCGUCGGGAGGUUUCUAGAUUACCCUCUCCCGAGCUGGGCACUCCUCAUGUCAAUCGAAAUCAAACGGAGAUCUCAUCGCCGGAGAUAACAAAUAGCGAGAUUGGAUGCUGUCUGCCUCUGGCUACAGAGACCGACCGCCCAGCGCAACAGCCCUUUUCUACCAUGUCCUUGCAACACCCGAAAGACAUUGAAAUGUCGAAAAAGAGAAAGAGGCAGCCCACGUUCAGAACUACAGUUCCAAUCCCGCUGGAGACGGAAGCGUCUAUUACGCCUAAGCGGAUCAAAUACUCCAAGCCUUCCGCAAGUCCUUUUGUGAAGCCGUCGCACCCUGCUUCUUCCAUAGUAUCGACUCUGCAAAUGACACCUGCGCAAAAGGCCAAAAGAUGGGCAAGAUUGCAACGACGUAUCAGUCUGGGGACUUGAAAGAGAUCGACAUAUUCUCUUGGAGAGCUUGAAGCUGCAUUUGGGACAGUCAAUAGGGCAUGAUCAGUUCCCGGGGGCAAUGUAUUGAAUCAAAUACACAAAUAGGUUCCAUUUUUGAAACGACUAUAUCGCAGUUACAAUGAAUAUCUAGUGCGAGACUUGACCUUGC